GGCCGCGGGGGAAGGGGAGACUGCGGCGGUCCCCGGAGAGAGCGGCGCUCCGGGACCGUGCGAUGUUCUGUGCCGCGGCGGGGGCAGCUGGCCGGCUUCCUGGGGUAGCGGUAUAGGCGGGCGCUUCCUCUGCGCGCUCGCUCCCCUUCCCCUGCUCCAGCCAUGCGCCCGGCCUUCGCGGUGGGCCUGGUGUUUGCAGGCUGCUGCAGUAACGUGAUCUUCCUAGAGCUCCUGGCUCGGAAGCACCCAGGAUGUGGGAACAUCGUGACAUUCGCACAAUUUUUAUUUAUUGCUGUGGAAGGCUUCCUCUUUGAAGCUGAUUUGGGAAGGAAGCCGCCAGCUAUCCCAAUAAGGUACUAUGUUGUAAUGGUAACCAUGUUCUUCACUGUCAGCGUGGUGAACAACUAUGCCCUGAAUCUCAACAUUGCCAUGCCUCUGCAUAUGAUAUUUAGAUCUGGCUCUCUAAUUGCCAACAUGGUUCUAGGAAUUAUCAUUUUGAAGAAAAGAUACAGUAUAUUCAAAUAUACCUCCAUUGCUCUGGUGUCUGUGGGGAUAUUUAUUUGCACUUUCAUGUCAGCAAAGCAGGUGACUUCCCAGUCCAACCUGAGUGAGAAUGAUGGAUUCCAGGCAUUUGUGUGGUGGUUACUAGGUAUUGCAGCACUGACUUUUGCUCUUCUGAUGUCAGCAAGGAUGGGUAUAUUCCAAGAGACUCUAUACAAACAGUUUGGGAAACAUUCCAAGGAGGCUUUGUUUUAUAAUCAUGCCCUUCCACUUCCUGGUUUCAUCUUCUUGGCUUCUGAUAUUUAUGACCAUGCAGUUCUAUUCAAUAAGUCUGAAUUAUAUCAAGUUCCAGUCGUCGGCUUGACAAUGCCCGUCAUGUGGUUCUACCUCCUCAUGAACGUCAUCACUCAGUACGUGUGCAUCCGGGGCGUCUUCAUCCUCACCACAGAAUGCGCCUCCCUCACCGUCACGCUCGUCGUGACCCUGCGCAAGUUUGUGAGCCUCAUCUUUUCCAUCUUGUACUUCCAGAACCCUUUCACUCUGUGGCACUGGCUGGGCACCUUGUUUGUCUUCAUUGGGACGUUAAUGUACACAGAGGUGUGGAACAACCUAGGGACCACAAAAAGUCAGCCUCAGAAGGACGACAAGAAGAACUGAGGUCUGCCUGGAAUAGAGAGACCAUGUUGUAGUGAGGGAGGGAUCUGGCGAGGGUCCAGCCACCAUUUCACUUUUGUCAACACUGAAUCACCGCCAGUAUUGAACCAAACGUGCGCCAGAGAAUGCUCAGAAGGAGGGGACUUCUCAAAUCUCUCACGACUAUACAGACCAACAUUUGUAGACUCUGAACAGAAAUCCCUCGACCCUAAAAUAGAAAAGAGAACAGUUCUGUACU